AUGUUAAAGAAAUCAUUGCGUCAUACUGAUCACAUUGGAUUGACGCCCAAAGGAUGGAUUGCUAUUUUCGAGCUAAAGGGCACGCCUUCAUACAGUAAUAACCCUCCUUCCUUUGAGUUCUCCGGAUUCAUAAUAGCCACGAUUAUUUCGAUUGUAAAUUUGCAUAAAAAGAAUUGGUUAAAUUUUAAUAUCGUCGCAUUCGGCGAUUCUCUAACGGACAAUGGUAAUUUAUGGAAGAUGAGCAAUGGUACAAUCCCACCGGGAGAUAGUUACUUUCAAGGGCGGUGGACAAAUGGUCAUGUAUGGGUGGAAUUUGUUGAAUCAAGAUUAGUUGCAAAGUUGACAGAUUGUGCUUUUGGAGGUGCUUUGACAGAGAAGAACCUUAACGGCUCGAAAUCAGAAAAGUUCUUGUCCAUUUAUUCGGUUCCUUCGGUUAAAGAACAAGUGGAAGGAAUAUUACCAAACAUAACAAAAUUUCCCCCUCAAACGACUUUCACAUUUUGGUCUGGAAGUUAUGAUUACAUGAAAAUAUUCGAGAACAAUCUCACCAUCACACCCACAGAUAUAAUAGCAUCAAUUCAAAACUCGGUUUCUCUCCUUUCAUCUUCCGGAGCCCGAAGAUUUUUGUUCCUAAAUAUUCCGCCGAUUCAUCGUAUUCCACAUUAUAAAUCUUAUAACAACCUCACGCGUUUACGAGACCUCGUUGAAAAACAUAACAUUCUAUUGAAUGAGACAAUAUCGAACAUUACCAGGUCUAAAAGAAUCCAAGCGCAAGUGUUUGAUGUUUGGGGAUUCGCGGAACGCGUCCUUAGCGACCCACGGAAAUUUGGAUUCAAGAAUACCGUGGAUUCUUGUUUGAAUAAGCAAGAAUUUGUUAAUGGCACCGGGUUAAAUAAGGUCACCGGACAAAAUGUCGUGAGUUCUUCAAUUAAAACUUGUGAGAAUCCCGAUGAGUAUCUGUGGUGGGAUGAUAUGCAUCCAACAACGAAAGCACACGAAUUAUUGGCCAAGGAAAUCAUAAUGUUUUUAAAGUCGCUUGACGGAUCUUGUUUGUAUUUGGCAAGUUGUGGUUAG